GAAGGAGGUCAGAAGGUUGUAAUACCUUCUGAAGUGACCUAAAUUUGGAAGGCAAGCGAAAACCUGAAUCCUUGAGGGGGUUAGAUGCCUGCACCCUGAGGAGUCUAUUUCUGUGUGACUCAAAGGGAUGGAUGCUAGAAGAAAUUUUUUAAAUGUCCACUUUAUGUAAGGCUUGGUGCUAAGAACUAGAAAUAUACAAUGAAAAAUGAUCAUAGUCCCUGAAAAGGUAGAGAGGCCUGAGUCCUAAGGGGGUAGAUGCCAGGUUGGAGACUGGAAUCCCAAGGAGUCAGGCUAGAUAGUUAAACAGCUAGACCUCUGAGAUCACAGAUUUAGACCAGGAAGGGGCCUUAGGAGUCAAGAGGAUCCCCCCUGGUUUACAGAAAAGGAAAUAGGCCAAGUGAGGUGCCCGGAUUUGCUUGGAUUCAUCCAGCUAACAAGUGUGUGAGGCACAAUUUCAGUCUAGGUCUUCCUAACUACAUGUUCAGUUACUUAUCCUCUAUACUAAGCUACCAGAGGCUUUGAAAUUUCUAUAUCGCAUCUUUUUUGAGGUGGAGCAGGAGGGAGAAUAGAAAGCCUGGAUGUCUGACGACACUAGUUGGGGACUGAAAAGUGUGGUCUUUGAGACAAAUUCAGUGGGGUUUAUAGACUCUCCCUCUCCACCCUACCUCUAAAGCUGGACCUAGACCCAGGAGUCCUGAGGCAUGGUGAGGUAACACUCUGGUUUAGGGGGUGGAGCAUGGGGAGCUUGGAGAGUCAUCAGGGAAUGAGUCAGGAUGCUGGAAUGUACCCACAAGCUCGGAUCCCAAGAGAAAGACAAACCAAUGCCCCUCAGGAUGACUGGGAAGUGGGGAAGGGUCUUGGGGAAAGAGGUUCUUUCUGGCCCCCAGAGAACCUCCGAGGUGGAGAAGGGGGGGCAUUCCAUCUUCCCCAUAAGGUGGCAGUGACCUGGUCUCUGGGUCACAGUUUCACCUGCUUUGAGCUGAAAUCAAGGCCCAGAUCUGAUAGAGCAUGCUGUGAUCUAGGUCUGUCAGCUCUCUGUUUACAAGGAGAGAGGAACCCUAGCAUCGGAUCAGCUCCCCCCUCCCUGCCCUUACGUCACCUGAUUCCAGGAAGGGCCCCCACACAUACACACCCUGCGGUGGGUGAGUCACUGGGGAGCGUGAGAGCCAGCCACUAUGGGCAGGUGAAAAUUGGAGACCACAGGCUCACGAGACCCAAGGGAGACUUGGGGAGGUCCCAGCUCCUGGGAAGGUCCCUUCUGGCCAUCUCUCCCCAGAGAAGCUUCCCACAAGUUCAGAGAUCUCCAUCCUAACAGAAGUCUUCAUUCUGGAAAAUGAGCACCAUUGGAGGAGAAGCCUUCACUUUGGAAAAUGAAGAUUUCUGCUAUUUUAAAUGUGUUCAAGUCAGAGAAAGACUCCAGCCCCAGGCCUAGAAUAAGAUAGUUCCCCGCCUGAGAGGUCAUCUCCCCCAAAAUCUGUCGCUAGGGAUGAGAACAUUCCUCAGAAUGGGAGAGAUUAUCUCAAGAGUCCUGGUCUCCAGUUCUACUCUGCCCAACCCCCUUGGGGGUUUGAGACAGAUCCCUGCCCUGCUCUGUGCCUCAGUUUCCAUUUCUGGAAAAUCUAGCACUCAUGGUCUCCCAGCUUUCUCUCCUGGCUGUAUUCUCUGGGGUUAGAGAAUUCAUAAAUGGAGUUUGCCUCUCUGCUCCUGGGUCUCUGUCAGUAUCUGGCUUUCAGGUCUUUAGUACUUGACUCUAUGUGUCCACUCUUGUGUCUCUUGGUUCUGGCUCCCUCUCUGGCUCUAGGACCUUAACGGUGCUUCCCGUUCCUGACCUUUAGCUGCCCGCAUAGCUCCUGGAGCUCCCCGGGGGGUGGGUCCUGGGCGGAACCAAGAGGCCCCGCCCCCAAAGCUGUCCCUUCAAGAAUAGCGCUCUGGCCAAGCUCCCCACAGACCAGCAUACGCGCACAGCCUAAGCAUCCACUGGGACAGACGGAAGCGCCACUGCAGGCGGGAAGCCCAAGUCCGCCGGCAUGGAACUGUGCGCCCUCUACGAGAAACUCCUGUCCCUGAGCCCGGAGCUGGCGUCAGCGACCCGUGGGGAGUUGGACCCUGACCUGGGCUGGGGCUCUCGAAGCCUCUGGAGUCCGAGCCUCGCAGACCUGGAGCCGCCUUCUCCCCCGCGGGCCUCUGCCCCUCUGGCCUCCCGGCUCCCGGGCCGUUCUACCAGCUUGGUGGAGGGCCGCGCCUGGGUACCCCCGCCGCCGGGCUUUGAGCCCCUGCCGCCCAGGGCCGUGCCGGCUGCCACCACAGCGCCCUCGGAAUCUGCUCCUGGUUCCACCUCCCCGGCUGGGGCGGCCUCCUCGUCCAGAUACAAGACGGAGCUGUGCCGGACCUUCUCGGAGAGCGGCAAAUGCCGCUACGGCUCCAAAUGCCAGUUCGCCCACGGUCCUGGAGAGCUGCGACCGGCCAGCCGCCACCCCAAGUACAAGACGGAGCUGUGCCGCAAAUUCUUAACCAUGGGCGCCUGCCCAUAUGGAACCCGUUGCCAUUUCAUCCACUACCCUUAUGAUCUGCAGGUGACGUCGGGUCACCCGCCCCUGCUCCGGCAGAGUAUCAGCUUCUCUGGGAUCCCCUCUUCCCGUCGCCGGGGCUCUCCCACUCUGAGCCCUCCAGGCCUGCCGGACCUGCCUUCCCCCUCAGGCUUCUUCUCCCCUUCUUCCUCUCCGCCCCCAAUACCCACCGCCCCCGGGGAGGUCCCUUUCUCACCCUCUGCCUUCUCUGCUGCCCCUGGCCCAGUGCCCCGUGGAGCCACGGCGGGAGAAGCCUGCUGCCCCUCCUGCCGCCAGACCACGGGUACUUGGGGGCCCACAAGGGAUGCCCUGAGCCUGGGGCUGGGGCUGGGGCUGGCUCGAAGCCCUUCUGCUCACUCCCUGGGCUCUGAGCCAGAUGACCAGGCCAGCAGUGGAGGAAGCAGCCUGGGGGGGUCUGACUCCCCAGUGUUUGAGGUAGCAGUGGGGGGUGCCUUUGCACCCUCUAACUCUCACCUCCUGGCCCCGGCUCCCCCCAAGCGACUCCCCAUCUUCAACCGGCUAUCUGUGUCCGACUGAACACCCUCGUUACUCUAAACUCAGUUGAGUAGGGGGAUCAGAAAGUUCCUCUCUUCUCCCAUUGCCAGCUGUGCCCAGAUGUGGAGGUCCCUCAUCUGCUUAGCCCCCAGAGCAUUCACCCAUUGCCUAGUCUCCCAGGGCAGGUCCCUAUGGGGAGCAAAAACUCUCAAAGAGGUGUUCUGGGGGUGUUUUUUUAUGUAGCAUAAUGAAUUGACAUAUAUGUGUGUGUAUGCACACGCAUACAUACAUAUGUGUGUAUAUAUAUACAUAUGUGUAUGUAUGUGUGUAUAUUACAGCGUGUCCCAAAAGUCUUAAUUCAGUUGUAAGCAUUACUAGGUUAAAACUGUACUGUCUUUGAGACACCCUGUUGGGGGGGGGUCAGAAUAGUAGCUACCCCCCUUUCUUCAUGCUGUGAACAAGCUUCCCCAAGUUUCCCCUGGAUGGGGGUCUCCCCAGUCCUGGUGCUCAAACCCCACCUAACCAGACCAAAUCCAUCUCCCUGCCUCACUUCGGGGCCCCUUAUUUAUGGUGACGACAUUAUUUAUUCCGACGGGUUUUAUAGUAUUUAUAAAUGCAGUCGUCCCCCUCUCCCUUUUGUCUAAUAUUGGGAGGUUGCUGCCACUAUAAUAUAUAUUUGAAAUGUUAUAUAUAUAUAUAUAUUGUUAGCUAAACAAAAAAGAAAUCUCUCUAUUUUUGUUUUUGGUGGAGUUUGUUUUUUAAUUAAAACUAAUACAAUUCACAAAAGAGGAA